AUGCAUUUCGAUAAUGGCACUUAUUAUAGUUCAGACAAAGAAAAAUUUGAAGAUUUUUGUAUUCAUAAUUCAUUGAAUGGUCCAGGUGUUACUAUGUUAUCAGAUGGAACUCGACUUGAAGGAAGUUUUAUCGAUAGUUUUUUAUAUGGAAAUGGUUCUUCUUAUUCUUCCAAAGGAGAUCAAUAUCAUGGCAACUACAGAAAUAACCAAAUGUUUGGUUAUGGUUUUUAUUCCUUUGAAAAUCAUGAUAAAACGGUUCGUUUACUCGAUUUACCUGAUGAAAUUUUACUUAUUAUUAUAUAUAAACUUGGUUCUCUGGAUGUUCUUUAUUCAUUGUUGAACACCAAUCAGCGACUUGAUCAAAUGGCACGAAGUAUUAACAACACCAAGUUCAUAGACUUUUCAAUAGAACUAUCAGAUGGUCAAUUCUCAUCAAUUGAUAAUAUCAAACUUGAUCGGUUGUGUGAAAAAAUAUUGCCUGGAAUCCAUCAUAAUAUUGUGGGAGUUACUUUUGAAUUAGCCUAUAUGGAACGUAUUCUUCUUGCCUACGAAUAUCCUAAUCUUACUACGAUCGUCAUCGUAACCUUUUCACCGGAUAUCCUUUUAAACUAUUUAACAGAAGGAUCGGCAAUUACUCGUUUGUUCAAAGAACAGAUCAAACACAUUACUAUCAAAAAUGAAAAGAAAGUUUUUACUAAUCAAUCGUUUACAGAUGUUUGUGCACGUAUUCUUUCGAUUUGUAGAAAAUGUACUUAUUUAGAUAUGAAUCAAUGGAUAACGAAUAGAUCUUCCACAAUUUUACUUCAUGAUCGAUUCUCAAAUAUUUGUUAUUCAUCAUGUCUUCAUACUUUGUUUAUUAAUGUGAAAAAUUUUGAAGAUUGCCUUUGUUUACUUGAUGGUCGUCUCAAUCAAUUAUCUUCAUUGACAGUAAACAUUAACUUUAUAAAAAGAUCAUCAAUCAUUGAUAAUAAUCAAAAAAUUUUAUCUAAUUUGAAAGAAUUCUCUUUAAUAUGUUAUUGUUUUAUAACUGCUUAUGAUUGUCGAAUCUUGCCACUUCUUCAUCGUAUGACACAUUUGAAUAAACUAACUCUAUGUUUAUAUGUGAUACGAUUGACAAAUAUUGAAGGAAUUGAUCUUAAUGAAAGAGUUCUAUGUCAUAUGUUAGAUUUAAGUACAUUUAUAUUUCAUAUUUGUACAAUUAUGACAACUUCUCAAACAAAUCAUUUCUUAUCAACGAAUGAUAUUCAAAAUACAUUUAAUAAUUGGAAAUAUUCUCCAGUUAGUUGUAAUAUUGAUCAUUUUUCAGAUGGAUAUACUUAUUGUCAUAUUUAUUCAAUACCAUUUAAAAUGUCUUGGCUUAUGCAUAUUACAAAUACUUUUCGUGGUCAUUGUUUUCAAUUUGUUAUCGAUUUGGUCUUGUAUGAUACACGUCCAUUUGAACAUGAAUUUUUUGAAUGGGUAUCUCAAGCAUUCCCACUGCUCAAAUAUUUGACACUUAACAAUAUGAUGGCACAAGAAAAGAAACGUCAAAUUCAACCUGUUAAAGAUAAAAUAUUGAUUUCUUCAAGACUUUCAUAUAUGCAUCUCAUUCGACUCAGACUUACCCGUGCACAUAUUGAUUACGCUAAUCAAUUUCUAUAUCAUGAUAAUGCUUAUAUUCCACGUCUUCAUACACUUAGGAUAUAA